AUCCAUCGAAGCCAAUACUUUGGUUGAAAAUCUUGAACCAGAUACAAACGUUAGAGAAAAAGAAACAAAUUCAGAUCGCACUAAUGUAAAAAAGAAAAGAAGGAAAAAUGAAGCAGCAAGUUCGGCUAGUAAUAACAAUGAUACCACAUCGUCUUUAACUAGAAGAAAUUCAUUUGAAGAAGCUUACUGUCAGCAAUCCUCAUCAUCAACCACGAUUAAUACCUCAUCGCAAAUUGGUCCAUUUAAAACUGAUCUCGAUGUUUGUCUGUAUUUAGUGCAGCAUCCACAGCUUAAUGAUUUAGCAUUAAAUAUAAUAAAUGCGGCAUUGCAAAUGUGGGCAUUUGGAUGUUAUCGUGAUUACAAUGCUUCUUUGAGGCGUGAACUUAGAAAGCUUGUCCCUAAAUUUAUUAGAAAACAUAAUCUUUUGGAUAAAGAGGUGGUUGAUGCCGUUAAAAAUCUAAAUUAUAUGACAGUUGAUUUGGAGAUUUUCAUGGCUGAUAAUAAAAAUGAAUUACAAAAAUUAGAUCUUAGAUCACUUCUAAA